UCCUUUGAGUUUUGUAUUAUUCAGGUGCUUAAGAUACUUGUUCUGUUCCAGUGGAAUGUGUAUUCUGUGUGGGAAGACGUAGAGGAUAGCUGGCAGCAUACUCCAAAUAAAUCAAAUUUGGUUUGUUAAAAAAGACAAAAUGGGAUUUUCAUGAGGAAGGGUUGAUCACCAGUGCGUACUAGCUUAGCAUGCUCAUAACGGUAAACCAUCAGAUGAGUAAUCUCUUUUGAGUUACAUCAUAUAAUUCUUAUAAUGGUAUAAUGGUGGCUCUUGGGAUUGGAGUUUUUCAGCCAUUGCUGAAACUCAAUCAUCAAUCGUAGAUUGAAGAUAACAAUUGGUAGAUCCUGAGAUGCUGAUAUCACUGUGUGCCAAGUAUUCAGGCAUGUUGGUCGAUUCACCAACAAAGUCACCAGAAAGAAUUUGCUUAUUUGUGUGCAUCCUUUGGAUAGCAGAUCUCUCCAACUCAUUGUGUCUUUUCACACCAAAAUUCCAAAGCUCCUCUAUCUGGCACGGGCAUCACCAAAUGACCGGAGCCCAAUCUGCGGCGAGCAUACUGGCGAUUGCCCGCAGUGGCGUAUUUGUGGCAGUUCAACAGUCUUUUUUGCAAAUGUGUCAAAUUCCAUUUUGUUUGGAGUACACUGCCAGCCGAAGAGGGGGAGGAAGCAAGAGCAUGAGAGAGUGAAUACGAGAAGAAUGAAUCAAUGAGUGUGUGAGGGAGAGCGGGAGAGGGAAACACAAAAAGAAAAUAGCAUUGCUCUCAUUGGCAGGACCAGACUAUCCAGCCAGGCCUGACACCUCAUCUCAAAGCAUCAAAGCAUGAUGGAAAAAUACCAGUGUUCACAGAGUGUACGUGUGUCUGCUGUGACCAGACAGUGUUUUCACUACAGAUGCCCUUACAGCUCACAUGGCCCAUUGAUAGAUUAUUGGAACAUGUCUAGCAUUUCUGUUUUAGCCUCUACAAACCAACAACUCCCCUAAGGGACCGACUCCGAUCCCCUCUCUUAAUGGAAUUAAAUACCCACAAUACAAGCUAACAAGUUAUGAAAAAGGGCCUAUAAUAACAAGUACUGUACAGUCACGAUAACAAAGUAAGAAUACAGAAUGAUGUCUUAUAGGUUGUUUUAUACAACUGUGUCCACAUUCUUUACAAAGUUAAACCAUUUGUUAUACAGCGAUUAAUCUCUAUGUUAGGUAGGGUUCUGGACAUCAAUACAACAACUUCUAUAGUGUCCUUGUGGAGCCUUUUUCCCAUAGACACCAUGUUUAUCCAGAAAUACAAAGUACAGAUAAAUCACUCAGCAUCACUCAGCAUUUUGGACUAAACAGGGAUGCUGAGUAUCCCUGUUUAGUCAGACAGUUACACCCUGUCUACACCAGCAACACAUUCUCACUCUAUCAAAUACCAAUGUUUAGUCAGUGGUCCUACGAUUCAAACUGUGACGCCCUUGGUACCGCUUUACGUCUUUUCAAAAUUAACUUCAGUUUUCACAGGAAACAACUUGGUUGAGUUUAAGAAAAGAUUGUGGUUUGGAUUAAAAUAAGCAUUUAUGUUACGUAGUAUAGAAGUCUAUGUUAUCUUCGCGCUAAGUAGUAAUGUUACGUAACGUAGUUAAGGGGGCAACAUUACAGAAGUGGUAAGUUUAAGUAAUGUAAUGUCAAAAUAAGACUUGGUUUCACACUGGACACGUCCUAACCCAGAAUAGAUCAUGGUUAGGGUUAAAAUAAGUUUGUUUUGUAGUUAAGUAGGCUAUGUUACUUUCACAUAAUGUGGUAAAGUUACGUAACAUGGUUAACCCAAACAUAUGUCUCCUGGGUGAAAGUCCUGUGUAACAAAAUGGCUUGGUUAUGUUUAGGAAAAGAUCGUGGUUUUGGUUAGGUUGUUACAUAGGCUACGUUACCUGCACGAGAUGUAGUAAAGUUACAUAACCUAUGAUACCUAAUGAAGUAGGCUACGUUAUGCAAGUGAUGUGGUAAUACUACUUAACAUUGCGUAACUUAAAUUAAGUCAAUGUUGACUUUUGGUUUCACAAGGGACCUGAACACCUGUUUCCUUGGUGAAAGUCCUAUUUCAUUUGGACCCAACCCCCUCCCUAUGCAGACUUUACCACUUCCUCCUUUACUCCUGCCAUAGCUAUGGCCCCGUAGAGCAUCAUAGUUUGAUGCGUGGGGUCACAGACCAGGCUGCCGUAUUUGACGAGUUGGGAGUGACAACGGGCUGACACCAGACAUGUUAGAGUAGAAUUAUUAAGUUGUUCUUCUCAGAAAAGUCUUCCAUUUAUUUUAUCAUGUUGCUAUCUACGCUUGCUAAAUACUGGCAUGCACUUCUGUGGCAGGUGUAGACUGCCAUAUUGAAUAAAUGUUUAAGCAUUGCAUUAGAUGUGUGUGAGAUAGAUGGCGGAAAAAUGUAACUGAAACCUGUCCGGUGUGAUGUCGUAGAACUGCCCGUUCUGGUUCGGAGUGUUAUCAGCAUUGCAGCAGCACUCAAAUGAUGCUGUUGAAGCAUUUAGCAGCCAGGGUAGUAUGUUAUUGUUAUUUAUCUUACCGGCAUGACUUGUAGAAUUGUCCCAUGUAUUCACAAAUAUGAGGUAAAACCUGUGUUCUAAAAUGUUAAAGAUGCUAGAUUUGCAAAUAAAUUUUUAUUUUCAAAACCUUUCAUCAUUUUGUCACUUUUUUGGACAAAUUGGUAGGAUUUUACUAACGAUCCUUCUCCAAGUUCACCUCUUGGCAUUUCAGUGCUACAUUGCUGUUAGCAUUUUCAACAUGAUUAUUUUUCUCCAUGAUGAUUUCUUUAACUUAGUCAUGCCACUGUUUGCCAAGUAAAGUACGCUGUGUGCACCUUGGGUCCUGCCAGGCUGCUGGACACUGUUUCUUGUUGUCUGGUGUUAAGGGCCUGCUCUUGUGCUUCAUUUUUAGUGACUUGGUACAAUCCUGGUCCAGCCUUCUCCUCUAUCGUCAACUAUCUGCCAAUGGAACACUCUAGACCCGUCUUUAACUUGCUCUUCCAUAGCCCCUACUUGCUGUACUCAGGUUUCAUCCUUCGAAGGCACCAUUUAGAUGUACUCAUAGGUGGUUCUCAGGACACUCGUCUUGAUAGUGGUCUUGCCCUACCGUUCUCCUUCCUGGGGUUGCGCAAUCUCCCUCGGAGUCCAUCCUUCUUGCCUUGUUUUCCAUGACUUGAUGUUUGGAGUUGUCCCACCUUACUAGACAAUGGAUAUACAAUUUCUGGUAUGUCUGGCUUGGAUCUACAUAUUUCUGUUGAUGUGGCAUUUCACUACAGUCUUACACUUUCUCUAUGACAUCCUUGAUUCAGGGCCCCAUUUUGAUAGUGAAAUGCUUAAGGAUAAAGCUGCCCUGCGUGUAUGUGUGGCCAUCUGUUAGUUCAAGCCAUUCAGUCCCAGUAAUCUUCUCUCUUUUUUUCAACCACAAUUGGCACAUGUGGUCCAUGGAGGCUAAUAGUAGUCCUAUUCUUGAACUAUAUUCAUAAUCACAAAACAACUGGGAAGGUUGAAGCUAAUGCAGAAAAGCAGAAAAGGAUAGGGCACUGCCUCUGUAUAUGGCACGAUGGAUGCUACCUUUGGAAAAUAAGUGUUCUUUACUUUUCUUGAUGCUUCAGAUAGAGAGAGACUUUAAUGUCUCCAAGGAUGGAAUUUGUUUCCACAGUAUGUGGACGGUAUUCUGUAUCUGUGUCUGAUUGGGAGUAGCAUAAACUAUUGGAUGAGGCGGUGACCAAGUUUAUGUUUUAUGGUAACAGCUAUAAGUGUGAUAGCUCUGGUAUUGAGAUUCACAGAAGAUCACGUCUUAAGCCAUUUUCUCAUAUCAACUCCGGACAAACACUGAUUUGGACUUUUCCAUUCUCACAUACAGCUCCUCUAGUAUAUUCAGUGUUGCAGUGUUCUAUUGACCGCCAGAUAUUGAAGAUGUGUGUUGCAUCGAAUUAAAAGCUAGCUUGUUGCCAAUUAAGGCACUACUCGAGACUGGUGUGGUUGGUCCUAUAGUUGUUAGUUUCAGUUUUCCUUCACGUAUUGACACUUGCUGUAUAUCUAUUCAGUAAUUGGAUAGCUGGAUGGUGGUCUUUCUUUGCCAUCGUCUUUUGUGACAUUGGUCACUGCUUUUAUGGUGUGUUAUUUUAGUCUGGCUACCAGUUAGAAACCCCUGUUUAGCAGUCUCAAAAGCCUCCAUUAUGGACCAUCAACUGUGCGACUGUCUUUGAGCUAGCUUACUGAACUCUGUGUUGGACUUCAAGUACAAUUUGCAGUCUCCUGCUCAUUAUACUUGUAUUGAUAUCUCUCAUAGCUAGGGCUGGGUACCAUUGGAAAAUGUUCAUCAUCAUCAGUGCCAAUGCAAAACCUCAGUGUUGCAGACAAUAUCAAAACAUUACUGUGUCUGUUUAUGUGCAGUUGUGGCACAGGGGUGAAGUUCCUGUCCAAAGACCUGUGGUUCCAUUUAGAGUACCAGUAACUCCAGCUUGGUCUUGUGUUUCAAUGAACACAUUUUGAUAUGUUCAUGGAUGUCCAUGCCAGUGCACUCCUUCUGUCCGGUUGGGGCACCUGCACACUGAUGUCAGAACCGGAGGGGGAUAACGUGAAUCAUCCAUGCUUUACUCCCUCCCAAUACAAUGCAUAAUUGGCAGGUGAAAAGAAGCAAAGAAGAAACGGAAUCACGUUAACCUAUUUUUUUUUAUUCAAAACAUUCAAUCAAUGGGGGCAAUUUUCAGCACUUCACAUCUUUUGAAAUUCAUGUCAACAAAAUGUUCCCAAAAUUCAAAAACUAUUGAGACUCUAUACCCAGCCCUACCUAUAUGUUAUUGUAUGUUUUCAUAUUUUGUUGUAUAUUAUCAUAUUGUAUCACUUUUUUUGAAUGGCUUCUUAUGUUAUGUUGCAUGUUUCCUUUUAGCACAAGCUUGGUUUAUUUAAUUUGAUCACACUGUACUGCAUCAUGUAUUAAUGCAUUGUAUCUAAACUUAAUUAAAUGCAAAGAUCUUCAUAAGAGCAAGCAUCUUGUUUUUGUUUUCCUCGGUGCAGAUCCCUAACACCUGGCACCUUUAGACUCUUGCUCAAUAUUAUUAAAUAUUAGUUUGAUUUGGUUAGAGGUCACUUUUCUGCCAGAACACUUGCGGAAGUUUGUGCACUCACUCCAGUGAUCUUCACCCUAUCUGAUUACCCAACACAUGUAGCAUUUUAUGUACCUUGAUGUAUCUUAUUUGGAUGUAGUUACUGUAUUCGGCUUUCAGGGCAUAUGAAACAAAUGUGUUCAAGGCGUUCUCCAUUUGAUCUUGUCUAUUUAACUCUGUGAAUUCUUUAGCCAAGCUCAGGACAAAUGCCAAUGUUUGUAAUGUGGAGUGGGUAUCAGAGGGUAUUAGUGUAUGGAUUAGGGGGCUGAGGGUAUGGAUUUACAGGAUUUAUGGGAAAAGACUUAGGGAUCAAGAUAGGUGCCAGUCUUCCACUUCCUGUGUCUGUUGUCAUUAAUCUGUUUUUGGCCCAACUUUCUGUCUGUUUCUGCCUCUUCAGCCUGUCUCAUCUAGUUUGUUUCCCUCUGUCUUGCAUUUCUUUAGCUCUUCUGAUUCAUUCAUCCAGCUUCCUUUGCAUAUACAGUAUCUCUAUGCUUUCUUCCUUAGGGCGCUCUCACAAGCCAAAGUCUGUUUGGCUAGUCCGAAUCAGAGUGAAAUCAAUACUAUUGGUUUGUUUUCUAUUUAGCCUGAUUCAGUCUCACACUGCACAAAUUAAAGCGGACCAAAUCUCAAGAACUGCCACUUCAAUGUAUGGAGUUGCGGACUUUGACAUGUUUUUGUAGACUUCAUCUGGCAUAUUCUGUAUGUUCGGUUGAGAAGUCAAGCAAACAUUCUGCAGAAGUCCUAGUCAGUCCUAUCACACUCAUGUUGUUUAUCUGUACCCAUCUUAGUAAAUGCCGGCAGCCUGCGUUUUGGUUCACUUCCUUUUAAUGGGUCUAAUCUAAUCUCACUGCAAUCGAACCACACAAGGGUUUGCUUGGAAACUGUCCAAGACCACCUCUCGCAAUAGGUUUUGGACCGGUUAUUUUGGUCUGCCCCAGAGUGCGAUUACUUACUCUCACUCACAACUGCCCAAACAAACCGCACCAGAGUUACAUUAAAAUGGACUUAAGGUUGACUUGAGAAAGCGCCCUUAAUCUAAUUCAGCUACAUGGCACGUCUCUCUCCUGGCAAUCAUCUGUGGUCAGUUCUUUCAGAUUGAUUCAAAAUGUAGUAGUCUGUCUUUGUGUUCAUGGUUUUGUCACCUGCAGUUUUUUUCUUCUCCUGUCCUGCUAGCUAUAAACAAAAACAACUGUUAUCCAGGCGGCUAUAUAUCUGAAGAAGCUUGUUUGUUGCUUUGAAUCAAAAGAUGUGCACUCUGUGUUUCUGCACCAACCAGAAUUUGCCUCCUUUAUUUCAAGAUGAAGAUCGAUACCAGCCUGACUAUGCUCCAGCUCCCAGAGGCCCUGUCCCAGGCAGGCCUUCAGUUCUCUGUGGCCACUGAGGAGGAUUUUGAUGAGAUCAUGGCCAUGAGCCAGAACAUCUAUGGUGGCCUUGAUUACCUGCCCACUCGAUACACUGACUGGCUACAGGAGACCAACCGCACAGUCAUACUGGCUCGCAAACAGGGAAAAGUGAUUGCUCUGGAGUCUGUGUGUGUGAUUGACGAUGGGGAGACUAUGCUGGUGGAAGGUCUACGUGUCGCCCCUCAGGAAAGGGGAAAGGGUGUGGCAGGAGUUCUGCUUCGCUUUUGCUGCGAGCUGGUCAAAUCCAAGUACCCUGAUGUUAAAGUAAGCCGCUUGACCCGUGAUGAUCAGCUUGGACCCAAGGACUUCCAGAAGUAUCGUCUCAUAACCAAGCAGGGUAUUCUGUUGCUACGCUUCAGAGCUGAAGACCUCAAGCUCCGUCUGUCUGAGCUUGGUCAGGGUGGAGACAUCCAAUCCUCUCUGUCCACCUCCUCCAACCUUCCUCCAUUGCGUCUUGACCAUACAGCUGUCCACCGGCUGUAUCUGACCACUGACCUGAUGCAUGGGGUUCUUCCUAAUGCCACCAUCAUUCAAGACUGGCAGCCUUUCAAGCUUCUGCCCAGUAACAUGGCUAUCCUACUGAAGAAGGACAUUGACUGGAUGGUAGAUGAUGUGUCCAACCCUACUGUGGCCAGCCUCUGUACCUUCCCUUUCAGGGUGCCCAUUGGAGAUGACUGGUAUUACCUGAACAUUGACAUGUUCGGUAAAGACCUGGACCUGGUUCGGCAGCAGUUCUUGUGCCACCUGCAGCGCCACACUGCCACCCUGAAGGGUCACGUGAUGUGCCAGAUGUUCCUGGACCCACCACUCUGGAAGUCCAUGGCCGAAUUCUGCCACAACACUUUGAGCGUGGAGCUGGUGAAGGAGUACACCGUGCAAUGCGUGGUGGAGUCAGACGUCGUCUAGUUACAGAGGGUGGAUGGAAAUGAGUAGAAGAUGAAGGAGCCAGAAAGGAAUGAAGACAAGGGUCUAGACAACAAGGAAUGGACACAACUCAAUUACACUUAACAUAAAAACACAACCCUCUGUACAGAGGAAAUAGAAACCAAGCAAACUAAAUGUAGUUUCUACAAAACAAAACAACUUCCAAGAGUGCAGUAAGAUUUAACAAUACACAAAUAAAUACAGGGUGUGGACAUAAAACCAUGAAAAAAACAUGAAAUCAAUAGGUCUGUUACAAAUACAUUUGUAAAAAUGAUAAUAUUCAAUUGGUGUUAGAGGUGUUGAUACAACUUUAUAGUCAUUUUGAAGUACCAUUUUAAUGAUGUAAUUUUAAGGUGUACAUAAUAUUUUGUACCCCUAAUGUAUUUAAAGAAGGGGAACUAAAUAACACAAACCUCCGUUAGGAGAGGUCUUCACAGGUCAGCACUUUUGUACUGGAUCAAAAACAGACCCAUGGAAACUAUGACCAAACCCAAAGUUCCUCUUUUUUUUUGACUGAUCCAAGAGCAGUCAGACACAAAGUCAGUCAGUGUAAAUUUUUUUUUGUACCAAAACAUCACUUUUAUGAAUGCUGAUAUGACUGGACCCUAAAGCAGUCCAAUGCAACAACACUACAAACUAUGGCCUGAAAAGUGACUAUAGAGUUGAAUCAUCACCAUAUUAGCUUAUCUUAUGAUUUAUUACAAUGAUUACAGGUUUCUUCUUUAUUAUGUCCACCCUCUGUAUGUUUCAUGACAAGGGAAGAUGUAAAAAGAGUGAUGAGCUUGGGGAGGCUUUCUCACAACGGUAGCAGUGAUGUAACCUAAAACCUAAAAACAGUCAACAUGCAAAUGAUAUUCUUUAAAGACAAAAAUGUAAGUACCCUGAGGGCAUCUCAAACCUUUCACCUUUGUUCUUUCUGUAAAUACGAACCUUCUAAAUAUGUACACAAGCUGAGUUGGGUUACUAAAUCUGCACAACUCUGAAGGCACUUUAUUAAGAUUAUACAGACAGGUUUUGUCAACGUUAGAAUGAAAAGGAAUAGUUCAGGAUCAAAUAAGGGUAAUUUACAGAUCCCAUCCCUCUUAUGUUGAGGGUUGCAUCUAUUAACUAGCAUUUCCUUCGGAAAAUCAACAAAAAAUCUCUGCAGCAACAACAACGUUAUUGAAAUGAACAUGCUCAGUCACAAAAUGGCUGACAAUUUAUCCUUUGUUAUGGUCAAGCUUUUGUCUUAGCUUUUGUCUUUUUAUUAUUUCAAAUAUUUUAUUGUAUAUAUAUAUGUUACUAAUUUAAUAUGUUCACUUAAAUGCUGCAAAAAGAUUUUAACAGAAAUGAUUAACUUCUGAAGCUGUAAGUGAAAUCUAGGCUUACUUUUGUAGAUUGCUAGCAUAAUGCCAAACAAAAUGCAACAAAAUAGUGUUCUCUAUGACUAUACAAGAGCAGUGUUAAGAGAAGCUUUGGCCUUGUUAGAGCAAACUAAUCUCUAGUUUAUUGUCCAGACAUGAACAGAAUAUUGUGGAUUAUACCAUGGCCAACUGGCUAGUGUCCAUUCAAAUGAUAACUGCAUAGCUGUAGGGAUGGCGGUUGGUGUAAUGGUCCACCACUUUUUUCUAGAACAAAAUAUCUUGACAACUACUGGAUGGACAAUAUGAAAGGCCCCCGGAAGAUCAAUCCUAAUGACUUUGUUAGUCCCCUGACUUUUUACAACGCCACUAGUAGGUUCAAGUUUUUAUUUAUCCAGUCAAAUGUCGCAACAUACAUGAAUCGGAAUAGCCCACAAUUUAGUCCAAAAUUAGUACACACAUUCAUGUUCCCCUCAGGAUAAAUUGUAAUGACUUUGGUGAUCUUCUGACUUUUCAUCUAGUGCCACCAUCAGGUCAACAUUUCCAUUUGUCAAAUUUUUUGAGUUUAUGACCAAAUACCUGCAAAACUAAUGACAUUCCCAUCUGCCUUAGCUCUAAUUUUAUUUAGUAAAUGCUAAUUCAGCAUGCUAAUAUGCCAAAGUAAGAUGGAAAACACGGUAAACAUUAGACUUUCUUGUCAUUGUUAGCAUGCUCACAACGACAAUGAUACAUUAGUAUUUAGCUCAAAGCAUCGCUGUUGCUACUACAGUCUCACAAAGCUGCUAGCAUGACUGCAGACUUGUUUUUUUUGCUAAGUGGCCAUGGUAUAAGCACAAUACCAAACACUGUUGUGUCUCCAUUUACAAAAUAAGGAACUUGGUGGAGGAAACGAUGCUCUACUCCACACUCUGUCCUCCACCUUCAUGUAGUCCAUUAUCACCUACAUAUUAACCUCUACUAGUGGCAUCAUAGCUACGUCUGUGUACUGGUAUUUGAUACCUUUUAAGUAUCUACCAAAAUAACCCAGUACCAAGUAGUAUCAACAAUGAGUCAGACCUGCAAUUGAUACUUAUUGUAUCGUUUUGCUCGCAGCCAAUCAUCAGGUGUUAUUAGCCCACUACUGCAGCAGCUACAACCCAUACAGACAGGAUUUCAUGCCUGCACACAACUAUGAACACAGAGAUAUCUGAGCUGGCAGCAAGUAGCUCACGGUGCUAACAGUGCUAACAACGGCAACAGGCUGACAGAGCUAACAGUUACAUUAGAGCUAACAAUAACCUGGGGAGGUGGGCAUUACACUUUCACAGCAACAUGGUCCUGCCACCGUGGGUCGGGGGAUGGCAUUAUCAGCGGUAACCGCUGAGCAGGCCUAAAACUGUCUUUAACAUUUUUUGAGUUUUCUCUACUAAUUAAUUGCUCAUUUGGCAUUAAACUGACACCAUAUUGAGCAAACUUAGCACCGCACACACACCCGUUACACUCUAAAUCUCUCUUUAAAUGCCCAUGUAGAGGGUGGGACACCAUUAGUCUGAUUAGUCUAGUACAGAAAUAUCUUGUAUGAAAAACAUCUCAGUUUGUACAAAACUAUUUAACCUCCCCAUUGCCUGGACCAGUUUGUAUCUUGACUUUAACCCCCUUCUUCUUCGGGUAUGCAAUUUUCUAGGUGUGAGGAUGACUGGGCCUAUUUUCUGAAGAAAGCUAAAUGAUGAGUCAAAUCCUUUCAAAGUUUAACAAAAAGGAACUAAAUGAUUAAAUAGAUUCAACUUUUUUAAAUUAUUAAUAUUCAAGGAAGGACCUAUUAGAGUGGUCAUCAUCCUCAACAUAUACCACGGAGCAUAACAAAAUAGGAUGACAACUAUCUUUUCACCCUAUUGUUUGUAACCAAAGAAAGUCACCACUCAUCUAAACUGAUGCCCUUUCAUUUGCUGCCAGGAGUAAAGUGAAGAUAAGAUAGAUUAGAGGGCAAUGGGUGUAAUUAUUUUUACAGCUAGUUUUUUCAUGAUCGCAGUAUAUUUUUCGUAAUCUAUUUAUAAAAAUCUCUUGUUUUAUUGUGAGCAAAGAAUCAUUAUUUUGUGAUCUUGACAUAACAUAACCCAAACUGUGUUCUCAUGAUUCUGAUUCUGAUAUAACUUGUGUAAUCAAGGACUGCCACAAACAUUGGGCAUUAGCAGAUAACACUAUUAGUUAUUAGUGCACUAAUUGCAGGGUUUACCUACUAGGGGACCCUGGUUCUAAAAUAUGCAGCUGAGCCCCUACUAGCCUGAAAGUACGAGGGUCUAUAGCUGGAUUUUAGGGGUCCAAGGCAGAACCUCAAGAUUAAAUAAUAUGCUGUCUGAUCAUGUCAGCUGAUAUUCUGCUUUGGUAGCUCAUAUUCUGGAGUACCCCAAAACAAUUUAAAUUACCCUAAUUACCCCUACAAUAUCUUCCCUAUAAUAUAUCUACGUAUAUUUGCUUGAUAGUGUGCCCAUGGUAGUAGAUAAGUAGAGUAGUUUCAUUAAACAUUCUAUCCUAUAAUAUCCCUAAUAGUAUCACUAGUUGCAAAGAUAGUUUUCCAGUGGUAGGAAAUGGUUUACAGUAUAGUGACUUUGUGUCAGCUGACAAAUAAUUCCUAUCUAUCCAUCCAUCCUGGUCGCAGUGACAGCUGGCUAAGCAAGGUAGCCCAAACAUACCUCCAUUAGUAACAUCUCCCAGCUAGUCCUGGGGGUUCCCAAGGCAUUCCCCAGUCUGAUGGGAUAUAUAUUCCCAUCAGUAUGUUCUUUGUCUGUACUGGAGUCUCCUCCUAGUUGGACAUGCCUGGAUACCCAGUAAAAAAAAAGGUGUCCAAGAGGCGUUCAGAUCAGAUGCCUGAACCAUGUCAACUGGCUCCUUUUGAUGUGAACGAGCAGUGACUCUGCUCCAAGUUCCUUCCAGAUGUCUGAGUUCCUCACCCUUUCUUUACAGUUGAGGACAGACACCCUGUGAAGAAAACUUGUGUAUGGCCGAUCACAUUCUUUGGGUCAUUGCCGAUCAUUGAGGGUUGGGAAGUAGAGCAACUCGUAGAUGAAAAGUUUUGCCUGAACCAUGACAGUCCGGUACAGUGCCGACAUCACAGUUGAUGCAGUACUGAUUUGCCUGUGGAUCUUGUGUUCCAUCUUGUCCUCACUUAUCCACAGAUAAGCCAGUCAAGAGAAUUCCUUGAUUUUCGGCGGUAACACUCUCUCAAGCUAAAGUAACCAAUGACCAUCAUGACAGUUGAGGUGAAGGCUGGAAUGUAGAUGAACCGUUAAAACCAGUUCUUGGCUUUCAGGCUCAUGUCCCUCUUCACCAAGAUAGUUUAGUAAAUCCAUCUUUCACUCACUUUGAAACAAGACCCCAAGCUACCUGAUACUCUAUUUUUAUGCUGGCAGCUCAUCACUCCCAUCCCAGAGUGAGCAAUCCGACAUUUUCCAGUAGAAUACCAUGACUUCAUUGGACUUGGAGGUGCUAAUCAUAGUUGAAUUGCCACACAUGAAUUUCCCCCAUUUUUCUUCUAAAUGAUCAUCAGAAGUCAGUUUGGUAGGUUUUGUUAAUUUUGUUGUCAGGAAAAAACAAAGCUUGUUCAUUUUGAUCUGUUUCUUGUAAUUUCAAGAGACAGAACAACAAUCAUCUUAAAUGUGCGUUACUGCCUUCUGUAUGAAGAUGGAGAAAUGUACAUAUGCAGCCCUUCUCCAAACACACACACAGUCGUGUUUUCAUGACUUUUGAGGACAUUGCAUUGACUUUUAUUAAUUUCCUGGAGACUUACCCUAACCCUAACCACAAUCGCUACCACCUUAAUCCUAACCUUUAUCCGAACUGUAACCUUAACCUUACUUUAGCCUAACCUUAAACCAAGUCUUCACCCUAACAUGUAAUGAUUUACGUUACAGGGACAUGCAUUUUGUCCCCAUAAGGACACACUACCAGUUAGUAGAGUUAAAUCUAACCAGCUGAGUAAUCUUUGAAACAUACUCUAUACAAUUAGCUAGAUACUUUCCUCACAAUCAAAUACACCCUCUGUUAAGUUUCACAUAACCCUAACAUAGCAAGUAGGAGUAUCCUUCAACACAUUAUGAUAAAUAUACUCAUUCAAUUAUUUUUUUUGUCUUGUCAUAAUAUGUAAUACAUGUAAAUACUGUAACUUUUGCUGGAAAGUCACUGGAGCUUGUGAGAGGCCAGAAUGAAGACUUAAUGUUAACACUCAAAUGGCCAAAAAGCGUAGGAUGGCCUCAUUCAGAGGAAACAAACAGUGGCCAGUCGUGAAUUUAUCUCUGAGAACAUGUCAGCCCAUCAAUGAUCACCUUACUUUUUAUAUGAAUAAAACUUUCUAUUUUCAAUGUUCACUCAGUGCGCCCUGCUGCCACUUCACUUUGAGCACCAUUUCAGCAUGCGCUCUCUUGAGUCCUGCUAUUAUCAGCCUCACAGCAGGCAAAAGACAUUAGAGAUCUGCCAUUUGUCCACUAAUCUGGUAGAUGGUUCAGGUUUUAAGAUUUCUGGCCUUUUUCUUUGUAAUUUAUUCAGUCGGGGGAGGGGGGGUCAUUGUUUCUAGACUUUCUUCCCCAUCUACAAAUCAACAAUGCCUUGUGAAACUUUCAUCCAUCUAAAGGCCUCAGUAUGCUUCAAAGAAAGUAGGUUGUACUAGAAAAGUGUUUAUAGCUGUAACCAAUUGCCACACCUGAAGGCGGGGCCAAAAAGCCUGCCAUCAUAGCAUCUCUUUUUAAUAACUCUGUCUUUUGCGUGUCUUUGUAGUCUGGAUGUAAUGACUCAUAUAAAAAGCUAUACGCUUAACAUCCCCCCCGGUCCCACCAUCAGAAAAGGGCUUCCAGACACUUAAAAAAGUAAUUUCUUUACAGCAUACUGAGGCCUUUAAGUUCAGUUGACUUGUAAAUCCAUGAAGUUUUUUGUGUACCAACACACUUCUUUUUACCCCUCAAGUUGCUAGGGUCAUGGCAAUCCUAAUAAAUUGGCCUGGUCAGUUUCAAUCAAUUUGUGCUGCCAUUUUGAGUUUUGUCAUUUUUGAAUUUUAGUACUUAAUAUAGAUCCAUUGUUGUUCUCCUUUUCCAGCAGUUGACUUCAUCACAUGUGAAAGAAAGCAUCUUUUGGAUGCUUUUAUUAUCAGCAUUUUGACAUUCCAAACCAUUUGAAAUGAAUCUGGCAGAAGCUGUACCUUUUGUUUCUGUGUUUCUUUGCCUUGUUGAUAUUCCAAAUUGUUCAUUAUCACCUACAAGUCCUCAAUGCACAUGCUUACAUAAUUCCCUCUAACACCAGAGCCAAAGGUGAUGAGACUCCUUCAAAUGUCUGAGGUCUUUAACUGGAAGUGCUUCACAUAUUAGAACAAGUUUUUGCCACUGAGUUCUGCAGAUUGAGAUCAAUCCAACAGAUGUGGUUUGAUGAAUUUCAGUGAUCAGCAUUUUAAACUUGAAACAGUUAAACACACAAAAAUGAGCUCAUUCAACCCAAGGCUUAGGAGUUUAUGGCAGAAUUGUGCUGAAUGAUUUGUACUCAGCCUUAUGCAUGUCUGCUUAGCCCCCAGAUUUUGACAUAAAGUUUGAAAUUGGACUUGGCAUAACUGCAGUGUGGUUUUGUAUGAACGAACAACACAUAGGCCAACAGAGGUCUUGAAUUAACCCUUUUUAAUAAGAUUUAUUUUUUAAAGUCAUACUUUGCAAAGCAUUUACAACAUUUAAACUAAUAGUUUUAUUAAUGUUAAUACUAAUUAAGUAUUCUAUUCAUGCCUUAAAGGUCAUUUCUAAAGACAGUAUUUGAGGGUUGGGAAGUACUGUCUACAAGGCUACAAGAUUGUGAAAAAACAAUAUGGUGUUCAUCCUUCAGCAUAAUAUAUUCUUGAUUUUGAAAUAGCUCUUCAGGACUCAACGUAUAUUUUGGUGUGGCAUAGUAUUAAAUCUCAAUUUAUUAGCAACUUGAUUAGACUUGAUGGUUUUAUUAGAAGGUGAGGGCUGAAACACACUUCUCUGGGCUUUGGUUGUUGUGUCUUUUAGACUGAUUUUGGGUAUGUUAACAUGUUUUACCUUUCCAUUUCAGAGGCAGUGGCGCUCUUCUCUGCUUAGAUCUGCAGAAAUCAAUGGUGUUUGGUUAAAUGUAGGCACAGAGACUACUUGGUUAGGGUGAAAAUAUUGCGGUUGGGUUAAAAACAACUACUUCGUCAAAGUGUGGGAACUUUUUCAAACAAAGAGAAAUUUGGUUUAAAGAAACAAGCGUUAAGUUUUGGUAGGGAAUGGAAAUGAACAGCGGUCACUUGUGUCGAAGCCAGACACUUUGUUGCCCCGCCCUCUACCCUAACCUCCAUACCUCCAGGUAUUGAAAAUGUACAAUAACAAUAAUUAAAUGUACCGCUGCCAUUGCUCCCGUACAGUCAUAAUUCACAUGUUCAAUAGAUGUCCUCAAACGGUAAAUAUUGUAUUAAGCAUUUGAACAAUUUAUGCGGACGUUUUUACUGGGAGGACAGUCUUAAGGGAUUUUUCACAACCUGAUAAUCCAAAAGUCCUGUGUAGAAAUGUUUUAUUACUGCUUUAUAAAGCAUGUAUAAGUGAUUUAUUAACCAUUAACAAAGCCAUUAGUGACAACUUAUAAAACUGCACCAUUGUCUAAUAGAGUACCAUUCAUAAGGGGUUUAUGCUACCAUACAUCUAGAGGGGGCACGCAUCACCAGCAUGUACAAGUGAGGGAUUCUAACACAGUGGAUGUAUUUGAUGCUGAGGAAAAAAAGGUUAGAUUAAAAGGGUUCGAAAACUCAGUUACAGACCCCAGUAGCGCCACCCAAUCCCAUUAAUCAGGGAAAGUAUCUUCAGCCAUGAAGUCUCAGACGUGUUUCCACAUUUCGUGUGUGCUGGAUGCUUACUUCUAUAUAUUGACAAUACAGCACACAAAUAUACAAUAUGUUCAGUAGAUACACUGGAUUUAUGCAUAAUAUUUCUUCACUGGAUGUUGAUGCAUUGUGUGCUUGAGGGAAGCUCUAAGAAGUGCCAAAUUUCAUGACUGCUAAACUUCCAUGUUUGUCAAUUAGCUCACGAAUAUUUAUGAAAAUGCAGCAAAUUUCUAGAGUUUUUAUUUGCAACAUUAGCUUUAGUUGGAAAGUUGGGUUAAAUGUUUGUCUUUUUUUCCGUAGCCCCACAGUACACAAAAAUCAAAGGUGAUAUAACCAGUGGUUGAAUGUGAAGCUGAAUUGAAUUAUUGAGUUUUUGGGGUUACUUAUAGCACUUUGUUUGAAAAAUGUUAUCAUUGUAUACGUUGUAUACAAGUGAAUAAAAUGCUAACACAUUGUGCUGCAGACCCUAUACGCAUUAUAGGGUCAAGUGUUAUAUUAAUAUAUGUUUUAUGACUCACUGUACAAGCCAUUGAGUUAGUGGGUAAAGCAGCAUGCACUUUAGUUGUCUUUGGCAAUAAUAGAUAUAGCUCCCAUCUCCUGUAAAGUAGCAUUGACUUCAGUGAAAAACCCAUGUUCUUGUCGCACAUCUUGAUGUCCAGAAACAAUCAUCCAGUGCCAUGUGAGAUAAGCCUUUCGGUUUGACAAUGUUUCUCCAAAGCUGAACCAUUUGACAAAUGACAUGUAGAGCAGUUUGUACAUCAGUAUACCGUGGCAUUGAAAAUAAGACUAUAUUUUAACAACUAUAAGAAGUUGAAAUGGCUGUGUUCUGAGGGAGUAAUGCGGCUUUGGGUUAGUUAAGCCAAGAGAUGAUUAGUAAUUUAGUAUACUGGUUUUUAAGUACUUUACUUUAUGUGAGUAAUUCCAUUUUGUGAGACCUUAUACUUUUACAUUUUAAAUGGAAAUAUUGUCCUUUUUACUCCACUACAUUAACCUGACAGCUGUAGUAACUAGUUACUUUAAAGACUAACGUUGUUACAUGCAAAAUAUAAAUAAUAUACACUGCUAGAGAUUAAACUAGCCAGUGUGAUGAUAGUAAUGUGUAGGCUUCAAAGAUUUUAUUUUAAUAUGCACUCGGUGAUGCAAAUCUUUAUCUCUGUACAUUUAAUCUUUCUCUGUGCUUGAUUUGUAGUGAUUGCUUUAUCAUGGCUUGAAUGGUAAUGCCUUGGACCUCCAGAAGGGGGAACAUGAACAAACCUUCCUCAUUUGUUGUAUUUUAAGUAAAGACAAGUGACGA